UCAAUGAUAUUUUUCAGAUUAUCAAGCGAUUGCUGUGAUGGCUUUGUCUUGCUAUGAAAUUCAAACAAUGUUUUUCAGUCAUAGUAAGAACGCAAAUAUAAAAACUAAGUAUGAAAAUACACUACAACGUUUCAAGAAAAUGCAGCUUGCAGAUGGCAGUUUCGGGAAUUUUCAUACAACAUCUUUAAUAACUCAGGCUCUUAUUUCAAGUGGCCAAGAAAAUGCAACAGACUGGAAUACCAAUGCAACUAUCCAGUACCUAAUGCAGCAACUUAAAAUGCCACAUGACCUUCUCGCAAGUUAUUUAGUCCUGCCCGUUCUAAAUGCUAAAAGCCUCUCGGAUAUUUCCAAAAUUAAUUGCUCUUUAAAUCCAAAAAGGAAAGGAUACGAUAGUUUUACCUCCGAAAUGAGCUACUAUGAAGGUCAGACGAUGCGCAUUCAAUAUUCUCUUUACAUGGGGGACAAGAAAGAUGUGAUUCAUACCAUCUCAUUACUGGCGCCCGUAAACUGCACAGCCUAUAAUGUAAUGGAGCUGGCAGCAUCUAAGGACUACAAAUUCACGUUUAAGAGCAGAAAUAUGUAUGUGUAUCAAAUCGAUGAAGUAACUAAUGAUUCAGAAGCAGGACUGUUCUGGUUUUGUUACAAUGGCAACGCUUCUCACAGCAUUAGCAGAUGUAUAAAAGGUCUAGAUCAAGUAGUCAUGCAAGACGAAGAGCAUCUUGUCAUGUGGUACAAGAAAGCCAUCUUAUAAACAAUGUAUCUUUUUGUUUAAUAAAACAGUUUUGACUUUUC